AUGGUGCGGAAGCUGAAGUACCACGAGCAGAAGCUGCUGCGGCGGCUGGAGCUGGUGAGCUGGGAGGCGGCGGCGGGCAGCCUGGCCGAGGUGAAGGCGCUGCGGCGUUACCGGCUGGGCCGGCGGGAGGACUACGUGCAGUACAAGGCGCUGGCCCGCGCCGUCCGCGCCUUGGCCCGCCGCCUCCGCGACCUGGGCCCGGCCAGCGCCGCCUUCCGCGCCCGCUGCGCCGGCGCGCUGCUGGAGAAGCUGUACGGCCUGGGGCUGGUGAGCUGCCGGCGGUCGCUGGCCGCCUGCGAGAGCCUCUCGGCCGCCGCCUUCUGCCGCCGGCGGCUGCCCUGCCUGCUGGUGAAGCUGCGGAUGGCCCAGAACCUGCGCCACGCCGUCACCUUCGUGGAGCAGGGACACGUCCGCGUGGGGCCCGAGGUGGUGACCGACCCCGCUCUCCUCGUCCCCCGCGCCGUGGAGGACUUCAUCACCUGGGUGGACGCCUCUCGCCUGCGGCAGAAGGUGCUCGACUACAACCAGGAGCGCGACGACUUCGACCUGGCCGCCUAGGGACGGGCCGCCCGCCCGGCCCCUG